AUGUUCUCAACAAUCCAGCCCGACGAGGUUUCCUUUCCUCUCUCCAACCAACCACGCAUUCCUAACCCCACAGUAGACCUUGAAAUGCAUACUGGGUCUAACGAAGUUCAAAUCCUGGAUACCAGGGGCGACGAUAUACAGUCUGACGUUAUACAGCCUAACGAAGACAAGUGUUCACCCAAUGAUGAAACUAUUAGUUUCCCAACACCCGACCGACCUUCAGAACAAACCCAAAGUGUUUGGAACCCAUAUAAGAACAGAUUCAGAUUGCUAGCAGCUUGCUCCACUGCAUUUGCAGGUGGAAUGAGCGACUCUGCCCCUGGAGCACUAAUUGCUAGCAUUGAAAAAGACUAUAAUAUCGACUAUGGCACCGUCUCUGUUAUUUUUGUAUGUAAUGCACUCGGUUUUAUCGCGGCUGCGUUCUUCAUCGGCACUUUGUCUCAGAAAACCGGAAGUGCGAAAGUUUUGAUUAUCGCUGAAGCCUUGUUGAUUCUGGGAUACGCGGUCAUUGUUAUCACCCCGCCGUUUCCUGCCGUGGCUGCAUCAUUCUUCUUUCUCGGCGUUGGUGCGGCGAUAAAUCUUGCGAUCGGCCAAGUCUUCUGCUCAAAUUUAGCAAGCAAUACAGGAGUUCUCGGGGCCUACCAGGGCUCAUAUGGAAUCGGUGGCAUCAGUGGUCCUUUGGUUGCGACCACAUUCAUAUCCUCAGGAAGGUUAUGGUCGCGAUUCUACGUUAUUGAAUUAGGACUUGCGGCGUUCAAUCUCGUCUUCUGCGCCUGGGCCUUUUGGAACUACGAACUUAAAUCAGGUUCAGAUUUUUCAUCAGCGACUGAUGACCAGUUUAAUGAUGGUCAUCAUGAGUCGGCAACUCGUCGGUUUAGUCAAAGAAAAUGGCAAUCUUUCAAGGUACUCGUCUCAAACAGGCCAACAAUUCUAGGCGCAUGCUUUAUUUUUGCGUAUCAAGGUGCCGAGGUUGCGAUCUCUGGCUGGGUUAUCUCCUUCCUCGUACAAUUCCGCCACGGUGAUCCAAGUAAAGUUGGAUUCGUCACAGCUGGCUUCUGGGGUGGCAUAACACUUGGCCAUCGAGUUGGGGAACGGCUAUUUAUAUUUAUCGUCACUGCUGGAGCUUUGGUUCUCGAACUUCUCAUUUGGUUUGUGCCAUCAAUAGUAGGUAACUCGGUCGCCGUGGCCUUUUCCGGUUUACUCCUGGGUCCUGUCUAUCCGUGUGCGACGCAUAUUUUCCAACGUCUCAUACCUCGCAAAAUGUUAAUCUCGUCGCUGUCGCUCAUUGGAUCUGUCGGAAGUUCCGGUGGUGCUAUAGCUCCGUUCAUGACCGGGAUGAUUGCGCAACGCGCUGGCACAUUUGUAUUACAUCCGAUCUGCAUCGGGCUCUUUAUUUGCAUGGGGGGGAGCCUGGUGGCUACUUCCGGAACCGGAGAAGAGAUCAGAAUGAUAUUUCAAACUUGA